UUUUUCUGAAUCAGUUUGUCUUAUUGUUAAAGAUGGCUAAGAGAUUCGCAACUCAACUCUUCGUAAGCAGUAAGAUAACGGUUUCUGAAUUAUCACCGAUUAGAUUAAUCCUCCGUUUACAUUCUCUGGUUUUCAGAUUUUUCUCUUGUGCAGGGUUAUCUGCUUACACCACAGAUCGAUCUCUGAGGCAGCUUUUUUCUCCUUUUGGUCAGAUUAAAGACGCUCGGCUUAUUAGGGACCCAGAAACGCAGAGACCCAAAGGUUUCGGCUUCGUCACUUUUGAGUCUGAGGAUGAUGCCCAAAAGGCAUUGAAAAGCUUGGAUGGGAGGAUUGUAGAUGGUAGACUAAUAUUUGUUGAAGUUGCCAAGAACGCAGAGGAAGCGACAACGGAUAUGAACAAGGACGACGACUAAUUUAGGCCCCGACACUUGAUGUAAUCAUGUAGACUUCUUUACAGUGUCGUAAUCAUGUAGACUUCUUUACAGAAUGUAUCAGAGAUGAUGAUCAGUUCCAUGUUUACAGCU